AUUCACGAAUCGUGCAAUGCCUCACAGAAGCUACAGUUGGAGCGCGGUCUCUUCGAUAUGAAGCGACUGUGCCGUACCGCCGUGGACCACAUCCUGGAACACGGUAACCAGUCGGCUGUGUUCACUAGCUAUUUUGGUGAAGGAGCCGACCCGGCGGUGCCGCUGGGCAUUUUCGAGCGUCUACUUCGUGGCGACAAGAGCGACACGCUUAUCCGCUGCGACGACCCUGAUCAUAAUUGUGCAACCCAAGAGGGCUGGAACGGCCAUUGGCGUGGAGAGAAUGCCACCGGCGAGACGGUCAUCUGUCCCUUAUCCUUCGAGACUCGUCUACCCAUCGAGAAGACAUGCGCAGGUGGUUUCCAGCUCGCACGGGACAAUGUCAACAUUUACUGGGGCGCCGAUUUGCUGCACCGCGCUAUGCAUUUCCCCGCUUUGACCAACGAGCACGUCACGCACCUUGCCGAUGAGUAUGCUGCGCUGCUAGAGCUGGCACAUCACAGCCCUGAGGAGGCAGUCCGCAACCAGCACACUAUCCAGGACUUUGCCUUUGAGGUCUUCUCGCGAAAGUACAUCACGCCAGAAGGAUGCGUUGGUGAGGUAGCAGCCAAUGCUACGGACGCGGCAGAUGCACAUGGCUCGACGACGACGACGAAGGCGCACAAGGAGUGUCACACCCACUCUGAUGGCGUUGAACACUGCUCAUAG